AUGCAACAUCUUGCCUUUGGCUCCCUGUCAGAGAAGGCAGAUCAAGAGGAUGUCAUUCCCCCAGACAUCAUUGCCUUCCAUGCUGAAAGCACCAGCUCAAAACGGCGCGAGAAGGAAGCCAACGGCCCCAAAGACUGCCAGGAAACACGACAGUCCAACAACUACCAAGUCCUGUGCCGCAUUCUCAUUCACAGGGGCAGUCAUCAGGAGGAUUCGCGCUUUUGCACAACCUCGCUCGCCACGAGGCCUCCAUACUCUCGACCACGGCCUCGCUGA